GGUGGAGGCGGUGGAGGCGGAGGCGGUGGAGGCGGUGGGACCGCCGGCGACGCCGUCAGGUUCUGGACGCCGCUGGUGAUGUGCUACGCGCUGCUGGUGGUGCAGGCGGGAGACGAUGAUGCUCCACCAGGACCGCCUCGCUCCGGACUGCCGGUGCCGGUGGGGCCCCUGGCGGUGAAGUUGGCCUCGCUGGGCAUCGUGAUACUCAUGGUGGGAGACUGGACAGACCUCCUGCAUCUACCCCUCGCUCUGCUGGGAGAACAGUGGUGCACCUACCACUCACCGCAGGUCCUCGUUAGUUAGCUAGUUAGUGGGAGUUAGCUAGUUAGUGGGAGUUAGUUAGUGGGAGUUAGUUAGUUAGUGGGAGUUAGCU